UUUGUUGAUGUGAUUAUGUUCUGUUUCUGCUUAAUUUUCAAAAAAAAAAAUUUUGUUUUUCAUUUUCAGUUUGCACACAGAGAUUGCAUACAAAGGUGGUGCAAUGAGAAGGGGAACACCACUUGCGAAAUAUGGUUCAAAUUUAUCUUAAGAAAGCAUGCAAAUUCCAAGAAGAGAGCAAGAGGCGACGAAUCCAGGAUUAGGGACAAUGAGCGAUUUACAGUCAUCUUGCUUGUGAGACAUUUCUUUGAUUUGCUUAAUGGUGGAACAGAAGAUUUACCAAAUUGA